CCUAUCGGACGCUGUGAUUGGCUCCUUAGACAUAAUAAAGCUUGGAACAAACGGCUGCGAGAGCAGUACGGCGUGAACAGCGCAACGUGACAGCUCCGUGGAUAAACAGCGGCAGCAUCGCCAGGGUUGCUCCUGGUGGGAGUCUGUAGGGUCGCAGACAGUCUGGGAGAACUUCUGAGUUGCACAACAUGAGUUUGCAGACCUUCGCCAGCAUUAAAGCAAUUUGCAUCGCUUCUUAUUCUGCCAUAGAUAGCGCAAAAUGGCUGCUUUGAUGCUAUGUUAGAAGACCCACAUCAGAGCUACAUUACUGCUACUGUACAUCAUAAAAGUGCGUAUAUUCGAGAAACAUUUACAGCCACUAGAUGCUUUGAAAUCAAAGUCUCGAACUUUAUUGACAGCCAAAACAUCGCGAGUUGUUAGAUAAAAGUGAAUUAAUGAUCUUGUCUUCCAGGUGCGUUUAAGCCAAUCAGGAGACAGGCUUUCAACUCACCUGUGUGCGCCUAUAAAUUGUUUCCGGUGGCUCCAGGGUGUGAAUGUUGACACGUGAUGUACGUUCUUGGAGAUAUUUAUAUGCAGCUGGCCUCAGUAGUUUCGAGCCAUGAGUUCUGCCAGGCCCUAUAUUGGUUGCAAAAUAGGCUUAAUUUCAAAAGCCCACAAUCGAUAUGAGGGGAUUUUGUAUACAGUUGAUAAAGCAAACUCCACAGUGGUUCUGGCAAAAGUAAAGUGCUUUGGAACCGAAGGACGCCCCACUGACAGACCAACACCACCCAAAGAUGAUAUUUAUGAGUACAUCACCUUCCGAGGAAGUGAUAUAAAGGAUAUCACACUAUGUGAAGCUACCAGAGCUCACCAUGGACUGCCCCCAGAUCCUGCCAUCAUACAGGUACAAGAGUCACCUAGUGGAGGUGCUUCAAGCAUUUCAGGUCUUGGGCCAUUUAGCCCGCUAAGCAUGCCUUCCUACAACCAGCUGGCUGCCAGCUCUCUGCUUAAUCAACAGUAUGCUGCAGCUCUUGGCCUUGGCCUACAUGUUAGACGAGGCCCCAUGGUGGAGAAAUCUGUGCAAACCCUGCAAGUGGAAAGAUCGAGGCAGAGGAGAGGAUUCAGUGCAUCCCAGCCGCACCAGUACCACCAGUACCAGCAGGAGCAGCACCGGCAGCAGCAGCAACAACAACAACGGCAGCAGCAGCAGCAGCAGCAACAGAGAGAGAGAAGGGCCCAGAGGCCCAGAGGUGAAGGGUCCCAGACCAGAAAGGGCCCAGUGACCAACAUGAAGCUAGGCCAAGGGGCUCCCACUGCUCGGCAGGAAACUCUGCAACACAAUGAAGAAAACAGGCCACCGCAAUUUAGAAGCAGACAAGGACCUCGGCGGCGCAGGAACCGCAAUAGAGGCCAGCUGAUGGUGGCUAAUGUUCCAGCUGCCACCCUAAAGUUUGACACAGACUUUGAUUUCGACUCCUCAAAUGCACAGUUCAUUAAGGAGGGAAAGGAGCUGGAGAAGCAGGACAAGAUCGCUGUGAAAGAUGGCAACAGAGACGACAAAGGUAAAGAGUUGCACUCAGAUGGAGAUAAUGAUCAAUUUGGACCAAAGUGCUAUUAUGACAAAGCAAAGUCUUUCUUUGACAACAUCUCCUCUGAUAAUAAGCUCAGACUUACCUGGGCAGAUGAAAGAAAACGUAACCUAGAGACUUUUGGGGUCCCUGGCCGGUUUCUGAGGGGUCGGGGCCUCGGUGGGGGGUACGCUGGACGAAGAGGACGAGGCGCUGCUCAGAUUCAACCCUCAUAUAGAAGCAGACGUGAGCAGCUGUAAAUGUCGGUUUGUCACUAAAGCAGCCUGAACUUUAAUUAAUUUUGUUCUGUACGAUUAUAGCUGUAUGACUCAGUGAGUGCAUUGGAUAAUCUUUGUUCCCCUUUCAUGAGCUUCAACAUUUUUUUUUUUUUUUUUCCUUAUUAAAUGGGAAGUGAAUGUUUUUAAGUUAAAAUUUUCUGGUAUGUGGAAAGAUUUCACUCCUAAAUUUAUUUCUUGUUUAGAACAAUGAUCUGGCUCUAUCUUCUGGAACUAUUGUUGUUGUUAGAAAAAAUUAUGAAUUUAUGAUCAAGUAUUGUAAACCAUAGAUGUAUAGAAAUAAACUGUAUAUUUAAAUGUCACAUUAAAGCAACAAGUGGGAAUAAUGUGAACAAAUUGAACUUUGCUGAUGUCUUUUGUGGAAGUAGUCAAUUAGAAAAACUGCAAUGAAAUAUAAUAUAAUAAAAAAUAUGUUAUGGGAGAAGUCUUCCUGUAUUGUAGUGGCAGUGUUAUCUGGGAU